AUGGCUUCAAUUCGGACAGCUGUCCCUUUCUCACCUGCUUCAUUCUGUGUUAAUAGGAUGAACCAUCACCUUGAAAGUAGUGAUUACCAGAAGCUCUUCUGUAGGAAGAUGGACUCUGCUGAGCUCCAAACUCCACUUCUACAUGGUCUUCCGGAUGAGAUUGCUCUUCUUUGCCUGGCAAGGGUUCCUCGGCAGUAUCACAAUGCUCUCAGGUGUGUCUCAAGGGGAUGGAAGGCCUUGUUAAGCAGUGAAGAGUGGCACUCUUACCGCAAGCGGAACAAUUUGGCCGAGUCCUGGAUAUAUGUGAUCUGUAGGGGCACAGGCUUCAAAUGCUAUGUUCUUGUUCCUGACCCUACGACCCGGUCCUUGAAAGUCAUCCAAGUCAUGGAACCUCCAUGCUCAGGGCGGGAAGGCGUUUCCAUAGAGACCUUGGACAGGAGGUUAUUUCUCAUGGGUGGUUGUAGUUGGCUAAAGGAUGCUAAUGAUGAAGUGUACUGUUACGACGCUGCUUCAAAUCAUUGGAGCAAAGCACCACCAAUGCCUACUGCUAGGUGCUUCUUUGUAUCUGCAGCUCUGAAUGACAAGAUUUAUGUUACUGGAGGACUCGGACUGACCGACAAGUCACCUAAUUCUUGGGACAUCUACGACAAAGCCACAGACUCCUGGUUCUCGCACAAGAACCCGAUGCUCACUCCGGACAUUGUCAAAUUCGUGGCGCUGGAUGAUGAGCUGGUGACCAUCCACAAGGCGUCCUGGAACAGAAUGUACUUUGCGGGUAUAUAUGACCCGGUCGACCAGUCCUGGAGGGGCAAGGAGAAUGAGAUUGCCUUGCGCUGGUCCGGCCCGACGGUCGUCGUUGACAGGAUGCUCUACAUGCUCGACCAGUCCCUCGGCACCAAGCUGAUGAUGUGGCUGAACGAGACUAAGGAGUGGGUGAUGGUCGGUAGGCUGUCGGACAAGCUCACCCGUCCGCCCUGCAAGCUUGUGGCCAUCGGCAGGAAGAUCUAUGUGAUUGGCAAGGGGCUGAGCACGGUGACCAUUGACAUGGACAUGGCGGCCAGGGUGGACGGGUUCCUGGUCUCGUCGUCAACCGGGCCGCUGAUGGAGCACGACUUCUCCCCGGAGAAGUGCAGCGUCAUCACCAUCUGA